CUUAUUGCACAGUAAAAUAAUAGGGAUCCAGAGUCCAGCACUUAAGCGGUUAACAGUCACCAAACUAACCGAUAUCCUACCCAGACUCUUGCAGCUUUAAUGUAAACCAUAAACGUUAUCGUGAGCUACGCUACAUAGUGAACCAUUGUCCGAUAAUGGAGGCAGCGCAUCUUCAUGACAUCACAGGAGUGACACAGCAGCCGUGAGCGAGGAGAGGAGGAGGAUCUCUUCCCCAAAAGUUUGGUUUGCCCUUUGCUGGAGAUGAGAAUCAGUCCCAACAGGUCCACAGAGAGUCGACCAGAGCCGGGGGAGGAAACUUUGUGAGCGCUGAAAUCUUCUGGAUUCAAGAUUGUCCGCGGGUCAUGGACGGUUUGAUUUAGGGGAAAUUUGGCGGAUUCCCGGAGUUGCGCGCUUGCAGCGGACCGUACUUCGCACUGCUGCGACUCCAGGCGGCUGUGAAGGAAACCAUAUCUGGUCAAAGUAUUCGUUGCUGUCACCCAGCGGGACCAGCCGGCUAUAAAUAGCGCUGGAGGAGGUGUAAUUGCUUUCCCAAGAGGGCUACGGGCACUUGGCUGCCUUUGCUGUUAUUUUACCCGAGGUGGGGGUCAUUAAGAUAUAAUCUAGGCUCCUGAUCUCCUACAGUUUGCCUUUUUCAUUUGGAGGCGUUGCUGAGGUGUGCUGUCCACAAUGGCGCUUCUGAGGAAGGAGAUGGAGAAGUACAGAGACAUAGACGAGGACGAGCUGCUGAAGAAACUGUCAGAAGAAGAGUUGCAGCGGUUAGAGGAUGAAUUAGAGGAGCUGGAUCCUGAUAAUGCAUUGUUGCCUGCUGGGAUGCGCCAGAAGGACCAGACAAAGAAAGCACCAACAGGGACGUUUCAAAGAGACAACCUCCUGGCCCAUCUGGAGAAACAGGCCAAAGAGCAUCCUGACAAAGAAGACCUGGUGCCCUACACCGGGGAGAAGAGAGGGAAAGCCUGGGUGCCUAAAACAAGAGUGGAUCCAAUCAUAGAGUCUGUGACUCUGGAGCCGGAGUUAGAAGAAGCCCUGUCCAGUGCUACCGAUGCUGAACUCUGUGAUAUUGCAGCCAUCCUGGGCAUGCACACGCUGAUGAGUAACCAGCAGUACUAUGAAGCCCUGGCCAGCAGCACUAUAGUGAACAAGCAAGGCCUUAACAGUGUGAUCCAGUGUACCCAGUACAAGCCAGUCCCUGAUGAGGAGCCCAACUCCACUGAUGUAGAGGAAACUCUGUUGAGAGUAAAGAGGAAUGAUCCCGACCUGGUAGAAGUCAACCUCAAUAACAUCAAGAAUAUUCCUAUCCCAACUCUGAAGGCAUAUGCCGAGGCUCUGAUGAAGAACACAGUGGUGGAGAGGUUCAGUAUUGUAGGAACAAGGAGCAAUGACCCUGUAGCAUUUGCCCUGGCAGAGAUGUUGAAAGUUAACACGAUGCUCAAGAGUCUGAACGUUGAGUCCAACUUCAUAACAGGGACUGGAAUCCUGGCCCUCAUAGAGUCGCUGCAGAAUAACACCACACUACUGGAGCUCAAGAUAGACAAUCAGAGUCAGCCCUUAGGCAACAAAGUGGAGAUGGAAAUAGCCAACAUGCUGGAGAAAAACACCACAUUGCUGAAGUUUGGGUAUCAUUUCACCCAGCAGGGUCCACGCCUCCGGGGCUCCAAUGCCAUGAUGAACAACAAUGACCUGGCCCGGGUCGUCAGGUCGGAGACAGACGGCUCUUUCACCCUCACUCUAUCUGUCCCUGAGCUGGAGAGGGCCUUUGGGAAAAAGUUCAAGUCUAAGACUAAUAAGAAAGAGAAGGCUUGAAGGAGGACCCAUUUUCCCAAAGUGUCGGACAAAUGUGUAGAAACCAGGGCUACCUUCAACUCCUGCCAUCUGUCACCCCCUUCCACUCUAUCAGGUUCAAUUGUUUUGGUUUCAGAGACAGUGUCUGAACUUUUUCACUCACAGACUUUUACUUAGUAAAUGUUAAAUGAUCCAUUUGGAUUAAUUAACAGAUCCUUCUGAGUUUCCAGUGCAUGCAACAACAAAAAAAGUGACAUUAAUAUUAUUACUUUGUGCUCUGAAGUUUGCAUUUUGACAUAUUUUCUAGGCUUGGACAGCUAUAACUGCAGCUUUUUGUACAAACCAACUCCUACUCUGUAAUUUUGAGUCUUUCAAUGCUUCAUCGAGUGUUUAGACCUCAGUGAAGGGCUUAAGGUCUGGUUUUGAAUGUGGUCCCAUAUGAAAAGUGAUGGGCAACUUUUAGCAGUCUGCUGAGUUGAAUUUUAAUAGUUAUUAUUAUUAUUAUUAUUAUUAUUACUACUACUGUGCUGUAAAUGACUGGUGUUGUCACUACUGCUGUUGCUUCCAGGACACCUUACAAGACUACGAAUUUCUGCCAUGUCAGAUUAUUCAUUUAAAUUGAAUUGAGAAAAAAAAUGAACAUCUGGUUUUGCCCCC